AUGUUUUGUGAUAUCAGAACAUUUGAGAAAAAGCUGCAGGUUUUUGAAAGAGGCAUUGAAAGUGGGCAGCUGAAAUACUUUCCAAAUCUAAAAAUACAUUUGGAAAAUUCUACAAUAUUUACGGACAAUCCUCCAAGCCAUCAGGAAAUCCACAAGGAACUUUCUAGCAUUGUAGCAGCUGCUAAGGAGAAUUUUAGUAACAGAUUCUUGCAGUUCUGGAAAAUUGAGACAACCCUGUAUUUUCUCACUUCUCCAGAUAAAGCCAAAUAUGAAGAGCUUGAUAUUUCCUGCUUACACUGGUUAGAUUUAGAAAAUCUGGAAAUGGAGCUAUUAGAAUUUCAAGAAAGCUCUAUCUGGAAAAAUAAAUUCUAUGCCCUGCGUGCCACACUUGAGAAGAUAGAAUGUGAAGGGAUGACAACGGACAGCAAAGUUGGUGGUUCUGAAAAUGAAAUCCUUAAAGUGUGGAAUUCUCUGCCGAAUAAUUUUAAGUCAAUGAAAGCACUUGGGAUUGCUCUUCUUUCGUUGUUUGGGUCGUCUUAUGCUUGUGAGCAGCUGUUUUCAGCAUUGAAUUAUAUCAAAUCUGAUACCAGAAACAGACUAACAGAUGAAUUGAGUGCUGCAUGUGCUGUUCUCAAACUAACGGAGUAUGAGCCAAGAUUUGACAAAUGUGCAGCAUGUAUACAGCAGCAAAAAUCACAUUAA